UAAAAUGUGAUUUUCCAGUUGAUAAAUUUGGUAUCAAUAUUAAAAGUUAAAAUUAUAGAAAAAUAAUAAAAUUGAUUAUAAGUUAAAAUAUCCAAAUAUAAAACUGAAGACGUAAUUUCAGACCGGGAACAAUGCGAUUUGCGUGCAAUUCGCUUUGAUUGAUAAGAAAUUUUCCGUUUCGAUUGCACUUUCAAAAUACAUUGAAAGUAUUUUUAUGAUUAAUCAGUCAUACCAUUUUCGCUUUAAUCGAUUCCUCACCAACGAUGAGGUCGCAACAGAACAAAUUUUUAUAUAAAAUUCUCAUUCUUAUCAUCACUGCAACAUCACUCUCUACGGUUGCUGCCGUCAACUGUCCGCAGAAGUGUAGGUGUUCCUGGGUGCUGGAUAGCUUAGAAGUAAAUUGUGCACAUCAACAGUUAUCGGAGUACCCCAACUUCAGUGAUCUGCCCAUACAGCAUUUGGACUUAUCACAUAAUCUUUUUGUGGAAUUUCCAACAUAUUUAGCCGAUAUCGAAUCACUCAUUUCAUUAGAUUUGUCCAACAAUAACAUAUCAUAUUUAUAUACGGAUGCACUUGUUGGCUUCUCAUCACUACGUACGCUCAUCUUGGCUAAUAACAGCAUUAACAGUUGGGAGGACAUAAACCCAAAUGAAGUUUUUCUGAAUGCAAUUAGUCUAAAACGAUUAAGUUUAAGUGGAAAUCUUCUGUACACUUUCACAGCAGAUGAUGAGCUGUACACACUUGCCAGCGAAUCAAUUAAUGUACUUGAGUUAGAGAAAUGUGGUAUAACAGAUGUCAACGGUGACAUACUCGUCAAUAGUUUACCAAAUCUUGAGCGUUUGGGUUUAUCUCAUAAUUCCAUAAACUCGAUUCCCACAUUACCAUCGCGAAGUUUGCGCAAAUUGGAGUUGAACAACUGCAAUGUGCAGCAAAUCAGUUCCAACUUACUCCGUGGCUUACCCAAUCUAGAGAAGCUACAUUUAUCAGGCAAUACAGCCAUUCAGUUGGAUGACAUCACAUCAGAUUCCAUAACAGAGAUCGAUAUUAGCUAUUGUAACUUAGAUAUUGUUAAUUUGAACGGAUUACCUAGUUUAAAAAUUGUGAAGCUACGUGGCAAUCUAUUAAAAUCGAUCAAUGCCAAGUCUUUCGCCAACAGUACACAAUUGGAAAUGAUAGAUCUCUCCAAGAACAAUCUACGUCUUAUCGAAAAUGACACUUUUUCCAAAUUGAAACAUUUAACGGCACUCGAUUUGUCUUACAAUGAAAUAGCACGAUUGGAUCGCAAUCUAUUCCGCAGCAACGAUAUUCUAACUACAUUAAACCUCAGCCGAAAUGUUAUCGAAAGACUAACGAAACUCAUUUCGAACUCUUUGCGAGACAUCAACUUGAGUUGGUGCGAAAUACACGCAAUCGAAACUACAGCGCUUUCUGGUUUAACUACGAUACAACGCUUGGACUUAUCCAAUAAUCUCCUUAGGGAUUUUCCAGGUGGCAUGCGUUCCGAAACUUUACAACGACUUAAUUUAAGCAACUGCAGAUUAUCUGCAAUACGCAACAGUACUUUCCGUGACUUUCCGGAGUUGGCAUCACUGCACUUAAAUGGCAACCGUUUUACCAAUCCCUUUUCAGCGAAAUAUUUUCGUUCAAAUAAAUAUUUGGAUGCAAUUUGGGUGGGCGAUAAUCCCUGGAUUUGCAACUGUCAUGACACUGAAUUUAUGGACUUUUAUGAUUACCUAGUAACGAAACCACAGAAGUUACAAGAUAAAAUAAGUCUACGCUGUGCAUCUCCUUCAGUGUUGUAUGGUCAGACCUGGGAAAUGUCCUGUGCCAAUGUUUGGCUGCCAAGACAACGCAACAGCAGUGCCGAGAAGGUUUGGACUACCAUUUUAACGAGUAUUAUGGUUAUUGGUGUAUUGAUAUUUUGUUUCACUUGUUUUACGAAAUACAUGAGGAAACGCAAAGAAGAGAAUGACGUCAACGAAUACCGCCAAAACCAAGAGGAAAUGAUGGAAAUACGUCGUCUCAACCAACGCAUACUAAGUGAAGAGGCUUCAUCGACUGCAGCAAGUCUCCGCACAUCAAAUCUGCCUUCUUAUGAAGAUGCGCUUCUCAUGCCAAAGCCGGAACGUCCAAUCAAAUCUAUGUGGGACUUGACAGCUGCGAGUAGAUCACGCAGAAAACUACAUCGUACACCAACUGAUCCUGAAGGUGAUCCCGAAGAUAGCGAUCUUCUUUUAGACAACAGACAACGUUUUCGUAGCGAAGAAAUGCUCUCUAAUCGUGCUAAAGAACGUACAGCACAAAUUGAACCAUUUCGACGUACUGGCCGUAUUGAGCACAAUCCUUCCGGUAGUCGUCGUUUUAGCAUAGAAGACUCACGCUUCCCAGCUGCUCAUCUAAAAUCACAAAAUCUGCAGUCAGCAGAGAAAAUCGGUAAUUUCCAUGGUUAUGAUUAUAGUCCAUAUACCAAAAGAAAACCGAAAAUUGCCGAAAUUCCACCUUUUAAACGUGCUACGCUCUUAGCAGAUAGUGUUGAAUUUUUAACUGAUCCUGAAUUUGACGUAAAUAGUAAACCUGGUAGUCCAUUCGCACGCCGUAAACCCAAGCCAUCCGUUUCAUCUAUUGGUGAUGACUGCAACGUGAAUAUAUAUGCCAAUAGCAGUGCUAUAAUGCUUGCGCCAGCCAUAGAAAACUACUUCGCACAAAAAUCCAAUUCGAAUUCGCCUGAAGGAAGCGAUUUUCAUGUUGUUGUCGAGCCCGAUAUGACCUCUCUGGCAGAAGCAAAUAGUUCGUCUUCUUCGAUGUUGGAGGGUGAGCGAGAUUUGGAGAGGAGCAAAAGGAAAAAAUUGAAAAAUUCUAGUAGUAGACGUGCAAGUGGCAAUUUUAAUGCAGCAGCAGCAGCUGCUGAUGGUGAUACUUCCUCCUCAGACAGAGAGCCAAUGGUGAUUGUGCACAAGCCAAUGCGAGAGACUUUAUUCUAAAUUAAUUUAAAAAAUAUAAUUAACCAAACUGCUUUAAAAAGUUUAAGUUUAUUUGUAAGAUUUUAAAUACAUUUACAAAUUAAGUUAGAAUUAAACUAAGUCACAUGUAUAAUCGUUAUUAUUAAAAUAUUUUAUUUAUAAAGACAUUGUUUA